AUGGUAGCUUCUGAAAUAUUGAGUGUAAAAACAGCCGUUCCCAUCAUAAUGGGAGCUAAUAUUGGUACAUCAUUGACAAGUACAAUCAUUGCCAUUGGUCAAAUCGAUGAUGCUGAAGUUUACGAACGGGCGUUUGCGGCUGCUACCAUGCACGACAUGUUUAAUGUCUUGUCUGUUGUCGUGAUUCUUCCACUUGAAAGCAUUACUCAAUUUUUGAGUCGGCUCUCGGAAAUCAUAGCCGAACAGCUUCACGAUAUCCGAAGCCACGAUGUCGAGUUGAAGAUUCUGUCUCGCCUGACGAAUCCUAUAAUCAGCCGAAUCAUCCUGGUCAACAGAACGAUCAUCGAACAGAUUUCUACAAGUGGUAUAAUUAACAAAAAUGAACGUGUGUUGCAAAUCUACGCGGAGAGCUGGAGUGAUUGG